AUGCCGGUCUACUUUUUCAUUCUGGACACUUCGGGAUCCAUGUCCACCCGGUCACAUCCGCAAUUCUCGUUUUUCGAUUUAGCCAAAAAUUAUAUUGAGACUUUCAUCAAGGGCAGAAAUCGAGCCGACAGCAGAAUGGUCGUCGGAAGGGAGAAUGAUCGAUAUUUUCUGCUGACAACACAGGGAAAAUAUCCGGAAAAUGUGAAAGUAGUAUCCGAGAAAGCGGGUGGAAUCGUUGUUGACGAGUUGAAAAAGCUCACUCUUCCAUAUGGUUCAGCACAGAUUCAUCAGACAAUUCUAGACGCUUUUCGUAUUUUACACACAAAUCGAGCACAAACUGGAAUCGAUGGAGUCGGCACGGGUAGAGCUAUUCAGAACACCGAACAAAUAAUGCUGAUAGUGUUGACUGAUGGAAGUGGUAUCAAUUCGAUUCCCAUCGAUUUUCGUCUAUAUUUCGAUCCGGCGUUCUUGGGAAGUGAAAUGACGAAAGAGGCAUUCAGAUGGGACCAGAAAUUGUACACGGUGGUCUUCCGCAUUCCAUCAUCACCAUACCGUCCGACACCAUCCCAAUUGGCUAAUAUCGAUAUAGAUGUGCCUAUAAUCGAAAGAGUCUGUGGUCUAACCGGUGGCCGAAGUUUUGCAAUCGUCUCACUCCGUCAAAUUCAAACUUCCAUUGAUUAUAUUCUGUCGCAAUCUAAUCAGCACAAAGUUGGCGUUCGUUUCGGGUGCUUGCCGCAUUUACCUGGAAACAUCACAAACGAUGAGUACUACGUAUCAAACGUCGUUUCGACAAUGGACCAACUCCCUCAACGUACCGCCCAUCCAAUGAUUCUAUGUGCUCCAAUGGCUCUUCCACUAACUAUCCGAUCGGAAAUACCCGUUGAUAAGCUGGAGCUAGAACCGGGCGGUGUAACGGACCUAAUUAUGGAUUUAUUGCAGAAAAAGAAGGAUAUGACUAUUUGGACCUUCAUUGAAGGCUCGUCAAAUGGUCCAACUGCUCCAUUCGGGUGUCUAAGAAUGAAUACAUUUGACCUUCUUGAAGGCUCGUCAAAUGGUCCAACCGCCCCAUUCGGGUGUCUAAGAAUGAAUACAUUUGGUACUGGAGUCACUCUGAUCCUCCUCCCAUUCAAUUUCCCACAAUUCUACCCGCUAAUCGAAGAAGUCGUCAAAGAGCCGAUUCUGACGACGUCACAAGUUUGGAGAUCCAAAUUGGACUCGUACUUUCAGACCGUUCCUUAUUAUUAUUUUACACCAAUGCGAAACUCUCUGGACAAGAUCAAAGUAAAAGUGGACUACAGUAGUUCGAUGAGCAAUAUCUACGCGGGCCAACUGCUGAGCAAUCUGAAUCGGCUGAAAGUGAAGGCGAAAGAGGAAUAUGAUAAAAUAUUGAUUGAAUGCAAGUUGAAUGAAUCGAAAGGGACCAAAUUGGCAAAUCCGUCGAUUCGAAUCGAACGAAUCACGUCAAGAACCUCGAUUAUAGGUCUAGGAGGGGACGAUGAUGAUUAUGAGGAGCGAAUGCUGAAUGAGGUCGAAUCGACGCCAAUUUAUGCCGGAGAUUUCAAGAUUCCCCUCUACCCACCUACCGUAUCCGAUGCCCAAUUGGACACAUCCUACCGUAAUCCGUACAUGGGCUCUGUGGAGGAUAUCGUUAGCAAAUUGAACAGAAUCCAAGCCAACGUGGAUAUGCUCUUCAAUCCGAACAAAGCGUCGCUUCUCGAUAUGGCUCGUCUGGGUGAUCGGCCGAGAUUCAAUACGCUGGAAGAACUGCACAAUAUGCCACAAAAGCUGAUGGGAGAAUACGAGCCAUAUCAAGCGGUAAGAAAAGCUGAAAUUCCAAAAAAAUCUGAAAAUCCAAAAAAAUCUGAAAUUCCAAAAAAAGCUGAAAUUCCAAAAAAUCUGAAAUUCCCAAUUUUGCAGGCCCGUCUGAAAUUCUAUGGCCAACCGAUGCGAAAGAUCGAUGAGGAGAAGGAUCGAACGCAUGCGUUUGGAAAUCCGUACAAAUUGAAAGGACUGGGUGCGGGGAUUGAUGAGGUAAUGGACAGUGCGGUGGUGGAUGGCAACUCUCAGAAUCAACCAACAAAACGUUUCGGUGAGCCUCGUCAAGGCGGUGGACCCCCGAAACGACGUCGUGGACCAUUGGGAAUCGAUGCUUUCGAUCAAUACCGUACCCGUCGAUCGAUGCGCGGAAGCUCCGCCUCCUCGGAUAUUUCUGAUUUUUCGGUGUCUUCUGGAGACGAGUUAUUGAUUGAUUCGAGGGAGGGGACGCCUGGAACAAGUGGAGCCAGUACUCCAUCAUCGGAUUUUGAGAAUCUACAAUUGGAGGAGAUGGAUACGGUAGAACAGUUGACACGGAAUUUGAAUGAUUUCGAGGAAAUGCGAGGGAGAGAUGUUAAUAUUCAAGCUGUGGAGCCCCCAGCUGUUGCUCCAGCUCCACCAGCACCGGCUGAAAUUCUCACCGAUCAGGAGGUCCUAACUCGCAAAAUUCGAAUCGGAACGAUUGUUCGAAAACCGGCGAAUCACCGCGCCUACGACGAAAUUAUGAUAUUGGCUGGUGGAAAUUGUCAAGAGUCGAUUCUAAUCCGUCAUGCUCUUCGCGAAUCGCAACGUUUCAAGCUUAAAAUGUUGACUGAAAAGUUGGAGGAACGUCUGAGAUCGAUUGGCUGA